UGGAAUUAUAAUUAAUACCGGCUUGUCUUAUCCUCUCCCUCUCCGACAAGCCGCCUCCAUCUCUGCAACCGACGACCGCCAGGCCUCCUUCCUCAUCCUCUCCUCCUCCACUUAAUCCGAUCGGCGACCACUAUUGCACCUCCGCCUGAUGUCUCGGAUGUCCGACAAUCAUCACCAUUGUUGCCAUUUCGAGGAUUUCAGGUCUGCUAACGAAUGACUAUAAUUUUGAUUGCAAGUUGACAAUCUUGGCUUAGAGUGCUUCCGAAGUGGGUUCAUUGUCUAGGUAUCAAAUACUGCUUUCAAAGGAGAAGAUGAUGGUGGCGGAGAAGCUCUCUUCCUUACAAGAUGAAGAAUAUGGUAUUGGAUCCAAUAGGUUGAGUAAGAUCAGUCGAGCAUGCCUUGAACUUGCCUGGAGGAACAGAAGGUUUGUUUGAAAAUAAAACAACAGAAAUCACAGACGAUGUUGUUUCAGUUUAUUGCAAUCAAGGAAUCUCAUGGAUUUAUGAAGACAAACAAAUGGCGGGAUACGAUCGGAGCUUUUAUCAACAUUGAAGCAUAUGGAAGUGGUGGUCCUGGUAUGAAGCAAUUGAUUGAAGUGUAUGCUCUGUUGUUUUUCUUUCAUUAUGAGACUGAAAAAAUGGCAGGUCAAGCAAAUGCGGAUUAAGCAAAUAGUUAGUUUGUGAUUAAAUAUUUAUAUUUGGGUCAUGUAGUCCAAGGAAAAGCCCAUAUGACCAGUAGCUUAGCAAUCAGAUAGUUUCCAAGUUUCAAGAGUGAACUAAUUCCUUUUUUUAAUAGCAUUCCGUAAACUUUAUAACAUCUAAUAGAAUUUCAUCUAUUAUUCCAUAAAAUUUAUAACAUAAAAUGGAUUUUCAUCAAUUAUUUUAUUGAAACUUUCCAAGUACUUUGUUAAAUUUAACUAGCAGGCAAAUCAGCAUUAUCUUAAUCUUCUACUAGGGCUUCAUUUGGAAACUUCCAUUUCCGGUUGCUAGCUACUAUAUUAUAAUUUCUUUAGAAAAUAACUACCAAAUCUAAUCUGCAUGUUUUUAAUCUUCUACUCAGAGCUUAUAUAUGUUCUGUCUUAAAUGAGCAUGUAUGGACUUGCAUUUUUUAUGUGAUUUUUUAGGCUCUAAUUUGAUGUUUUUUUAUUGUUUUAUAUUGCAUUUUUACCAUUUUAAUCGUGCCAUGCCAUUUUGGUUUCUGGAGCACUCUUAUGGAGAUAUCAUUGUACAUGAUCUGAAUGACAAGAAUCCAGCAAUAAAAGAUGCUACAGAACAUCCGCUAUUAGUUCCACAUUCACAGUUUCUACCUAUGUGAAUUCUAUGCAUAGCUUUCCAUAAUCUUCCCUAUGAAAUGAGUUUUUUGUUAGGCUUCACUCUAGCAUUUGGAAACCUGCCAUUUGAUUCUUCCUUUCUCACCUUGAGCUGCUUAGUAUCUUUGCAUAGUGUUAUUGAUGUUCCAGAUGGUAGUCCUUUGUUGUACUUUCUAUAGAAUCAACUGAUUGGUCCUCUGUUAUCCAUAUAAGCUAUUGGAUAUUCUUAUGUGAGCUAAUUAUUUUAUAUGGUGAUUUUACAGGAUUGCUAUUCCAUGUUAUUGGGGUUCUUCUUGCAGUUAUUGUUCCAGUUGUAUUUGCUGUCCUAAGAUUAUUUUUCUCAAAUUAUUCCAUGAGCUGAACAUAAAGUAGAAGAAGCACUUUUGGCAUUUGACGCAGAAGAAAAAAGAUGUGCAGAGUUGAAUGACUCUGGAGAAAAUUCAUCUGAUGAAAUUUCAGCUUAUAAGGCAGACUUCUUAAAAAGAAAGGCUGAAUGAUGUGUUGAGUUUGGGCCGGCACUGCCUUUGGAAGCGGAUGUCUGUAACUUGGAGCGGUGCGAAGAAGGGGGAUAGUGUUCUUGAUUUGUGUUGUGGGAGCGGUGACUUGACCUUCUUCUUAUCCCAUUAUGUUGGUCUCCAUGGACAGAAUCCGCCAUCUGUUCCAACACUUGCUACAGUUAAAUUUUCCAGCUGGUUAAGACGAUCAAGCUUUUUGAUUGACUGGCACAAUUUUGGGCAUACUUUGCUGGGUUUGUCCCAUGGGAGAAGUCAUAUAAUUGUGAAAAUCUAUCAUUGGUUUGAGAAAUUUUUUGGGAGGAUGGCCGAUGGAUCCUUAUGUGUUACACAGGCAAUGCAACAUGAGCUUGCUCAAAAAUGGGGAAUCAAAGCCACUGUCCUCUAUGACCAGCCUCCUGAAUUUUUCCAUCCUGUGUCAAUUGCGGAGAAACAUGAGUUGUUUUGUAGGUUAGGGAACAACAUCUGUCAUCUAAACAACAUACGUGAUUGUGUUUCUUUUGGAGUUGAAGGCCUGAAAGGUUGUACCUCAGUCCAUGUAAUGGACAGAUUAAGCCAAAGCAUGUUUACUGGCCAGGUCGGCAAUGACUUUUUCUUGAAGCCAAAUAGGCCUGUGCUUAUGAUUCCCCCAAAUCAGGUGCAUGCCGACUUAAGGAAGUGCUUCCAAGCAAAUGUGAGUGCUGAAGUUGCUGAAUCAAUCAGGAUAAUGUAUGGAGGUUUUGUUAGCAGUGCAAACUGCAAAGAACUAGCAGCAAAGCCUGAUGUAAAUGGAUUCCUCGUCAGUGGACCUUCUUUGAAGCCGGAGUUCAUCGACAUCAUCAAAUCCGCGACUGUGAAAUCAUCUACCUAG